CUGUAUUCGCUUAAGGUUACCUAUUCGCGUAUAUUUAUAUUGUGUAUUUGUGAAAUUUAGUAUCACAUAGUGAAUAUACUCCUGUAUGUGUUUAUGUGGGAAUAACAAAAAGAGAAGGUUUGUAAAAGACAAAUUCAAAUCUGUAUCAGAUUAGAGGUGCAAAAUUUAAUGUUAAACUUAAUUGCGUAAACAACGGAUGACCAUGUUUGUCAAACUUGGUAUGCAGGGACAUGCUUUAAAUAGGAUGCACAAUGGAAUACGAUCAUUCAGAAAAGUAUUGGAUUUAAACGCUUCAACACUCACUGGUAGAAGUUUACAACAUUUGUACACUAAAGGAUACUCAUCAAUAACCGGACGUAACAAUGUCACUCGUUCAUUACACCGCGUGCACAGUAGGUCUUUAUCCGGAGACGUUACCGGAAGUGAGGCCCCUACGCCGCCCCCAGAAUGCCUCUCGCGGCCUCUAAACUUCCCGUUCAAGACUCUCAUGGGACCGGGACCGUCCAACUGCCCUCCACGGGUGCUGGCAGCGAGCGCACUACCGAUGCUGGGACACUUGCAUCCGGAGUUUACGCAGAUAAUGGACGAAGUCAAAGAGGGGAUAAAGUACGCCUUCCAAACAGAAAACACCUGGACUGUGUGCGUGUCUGGUACAGGUCACGCGGCUAUGGAAGCGUCCGUUUGUAACUUGGUAGAAGAAGGAGAUCCAGUCUUGGUUUGUGAGAACGGACUUUGGGGACAGAGGUUUGCGGACAUGGUCGAAAGACAUGGUGCAAAAGUGUCGAAAUUGUGCCUCCCAAUGGGGUCUGUGUUCGCUUUGGACGCAAUUGAAAAGGGUAUCAAAGAACACAGACCAAAAGUGCUGUUUGUAACACAUGGAGAAUCGAGCGGUACCACUGUGCAGCGUCUUCAAGGCAUCGGGAAAAUUUGUCACGAGAAUGACUGUCUGCUGAUAGUUGACUCGGUAGCAGCGAUGGGAGGAGUGCCGUUGUUUAUGGACAAAUGGGAAAUAGACGUACUGUACACUGGCGCACAAAAAGUGCUGAGUGCCCCGCCGGGAGCCAGUCCAAUCUCUUUCUCCGAGAGAGCAAGACAUAAGGUUGAGUCCAGGAAGACUAAGGUUCGCUCCUAUUACUUUGAUAUGAAUGAGCUCGCCAACUACUGGGGUUGCGACAACCAGGCUAGAAGGUACCAUCACACAGGACCAAUCAGCAGUGUGUAUGCCCUGAGGGAGGGGCUGGCUAGACUGGCGGAUGUGGGGCUAGAGACAAGCUGGGAAACUCACAAAUCCUGUGCGGAGGCGCUACUUGAUGGCGUUGAAAAGCUAGGCCUUGAGUUACUAGUCAAGGAAAAGGAACAUAGGCUACCAUGUGUAACCGGAAUUUUAGUUCCUGAAAACGUCAACUGGAAACUCGUGACCGACUUUGCAAUGAGCAAGUACCGUGUCGAGAUAUCCGGCGGCCUUGGCGCAAUGGCGGGCCGCAUGUGGCGUGUAGGCCUUAUGGGAUACAACUGUACACCGGACAAUGUACGACUCGUCCUUAGGGCGCUUGGGGACGGACUGACUAGUGCACGAUCAUAAAUUGGGGCGAAUAGUAGAGAAGUUCGUGCGUUUGAUUACAUCUAAUAAAUAACAGACAUAUUUAUCAUCAAUAUUAUGAUUGUAUACAUUACGUAAGCGUUAGUUAUUUUUAAGAGGCCUUAAUGGUGUUUUGGGGGCAGAAUAGAAAAGAAUCAUGUUUGACUUCGGCCAAACAAGUCUAUGGAAAUUAAGAAUUGAGUGAAAAGAGAUGAAAAAUACGAUUACAACAUUUUUUGUAACAAGUGGUUGGUUUUAAGGACAGCAGUAAUGUUUUCUUUUAGAACACAUCACAUUUAGCUCGCAAUGAAGCUGCUUUUGGACGGGCUGUUUAGUGCACGAAAGUGAAUAAGACGAAAUUAUAAUUUGACAGCUGUUAAUAAGACAUAAACUUGAUUACCUAAUAACUAAAAUGGCAUUCGUCAUUUCCUUUUUUUCGCUUAUUAUCAAUUAGUUCAUAACAAGUGAGGUCACUAUUUAUAUUUGUAUUGGUUGACGCAAACGUUAUUUUUUUCUAAGACUAAUUUUCAUUUUCUUAAUUAUUAAAAACAAUCAUAUAUAUAACCGUAUAUUCAUGUUUCAUGGCUUUCAUUAUUUAAAGAGUACCCUCAGAGGAGUACAUUUUUUUUCUUUUUGUUCGUGUUGUUUAAAGUAAUAUGUUGUCAUUAAUAUCUUAUGUACGUACACACAAUACGCCAAAAGGUUUCUAACUUUGUUACAGAUUUGUAUUAAUAUAUACUUAACUUUUGAUGUUAAUGUAUUAUUAUUUAGUUUGUCUGUCAGUGUAUAUUUAUGCAUUUUCGAAAAUUAAAGUAAAGUAACAUCAAGCGUUGAAGUAGCAUCGUUGAAUACUAAGUAACAUAACACAACAUGGAGACCUAUCAAAUGACAUAAUAUCCUAUUUAAAAGCGUUCAAAGACAAGACAAGCGUAUCAAUCACGAGGUGUGCACUAUCACAUUGAAAAGUAAUAGCAUAUGUGUUGCGCGUAUAAUAUGUUUGAUUUACUACCAUAACAUACAUUAUACAUGUUUGAAUAUGGUCAAUGUGGCCCAUGGCUAAAACAUUAUAAACCCAGCCCCCUUUUAAGAAUAUGAG